CCCUGUAUAUAUACCUGCUAUAAUGAUGUGGAUGACGAAUGACACUUAAAUCCUCACACGUCAUAUAAAUGUAUUAUCAUCGUUGAUAUACCUACAUCCUCUCGUCAUCACACGAACUAUAUUAAUAUGACAUACCUGCUCACCUAUACGAAACACGAGAUUACGAUAUAUAACAUAAGAAUAUUUACGCAGUUUCUAUUAUAGCCACGAAGGGUCUUCGAUGUCAAAAAAAUUAACGUCAACUUUAUAUUAUUGUCAAUAUUCAGUUAUGUCCAUUUGUAUAUAUACCUAUAAUAUUAAUAUGACGUACCUACCACCUAUAUAGUCCCAUAAUUUAUCUUUCAAAAACUCUUUUUCCUCUUUGCGUAAGAUGUAAUCUUUAAAUUCUUACACGGUGACCCCACCGGCCGUGAACGAGAAAUGACGAGGACGGCGUUCCUAUAUAAUAUUUCUAUUUGGCAAGAAAUCGCGGCGCCGCGUCAAAUCCAGAACCGGUGGCAGUCGUAAUCAGACACCCGUUGAAGCAGUCGCUGAUGUGCGUGCACGCGCCAAUGGACAUACUAACUCACCUGAAUUAUAGUCAUAAUAACUAUAUAGUUUUACCAUUAAACAGUAUUCAGUGAUAUUGGGCCAAUCAUAACGUCCACAGCCGCAAUUUCGAAAUACGUUUUAUAUUUUUGUAAUUCAACAAAUACAAUAUAAUGACCGCCAAUAUGAACCGCUGGAAGGGCAAAGUGGCGUUCGUGACCGGCGCCAACGGAGGUAUAGGCAUGGCGAUCACUAAGAGACUUCUGGACUUGGACUUUGCAGUCGUGGCCAUCGACAAGCAGACCGAGCUUUUGUUGGAACUUAAAGAUGAAUUAAAAACGACAAACCUCUACCCGUUAAACGUGGACUUGUGUCACGAGGAAGAGAUCAUACGAGCGUUCCAAUGGGUCGAAGAAACGUUCGGCGGCGUCGAUGUGCUCAUAAACAACGCUGGCGUCGGCGGACGGUCUACACUCAUAGAUGGUACUGUAUCGGAAUGGAAAAAAAUAUUGGACGUAAACGUUAUAGCGUUAAGUGUUUGUUCACGUGAGGCAGUGAGAUCCAUGAAUAGUCGCAACUUGAAAGACGCUCACAUUAUUCAUUUGAGCAGUAAUCUGGCGCAUUAUGUUCCUUCAUAUGGUCCGUUCCAUUUCUAUUCCGCGACCAAACAUGCUGUACGAGCACUCACAGAAGGGUUGCGGCAAGAAUUAAGGGCAUUGAAAAGCCCCAUCAAGGUCACGUGUGUCAGUCCUGGCCUUGUGAAAUCAUCAAUUUUCAAAAAUUCACUGGGAGAAAACUUUGAUAAACAUUUAUACGAAACGUACCCUAGUAUUUCUCCAGCAGACGUAGCAUCUACCAUCGAAUUUGUAUUGAGCACUCCUCCACACGUACAAGUGCAAGAUAUAAUCAUCAAACCUAUAGGUUCAGAGGCCUGAUUAAUAUUGAUCCUCAAAUCACAAGCACAAUAUGUCAUAAGGUUCAUCUCAAAAUAAAAUACAAAUGUAUUAGUAAAUCAUACUUUACAUUAAAAUACAGAGCCUAUAAAUAUAAAUAUGUAUAUUAUAUUAAAUAUAUAUAUAUAUAAGAAAAAGAAAAGAACAAUAAUAAAAUGAUGAUUCUUAAAAUUACAAUAUUGAUAUUUACAAAAAAAAAAAACAAAAUUAAAUCAAUAGUUAGAAGAAAACAAAAUAAACACCGAUGUUCAUAUAAUAAUUUAAAUAUGAAACAUAUAAAAGUAAAUCACAGUUACUAAACUCGUUCGUGCUUUUUAGUUAAGUUAUUUUGUAAGUGAUAUCUUUAGAUGUUAAUGUUAUUUAUAAAAAUGUUUAUUUUGUAUUUUUUACAACAACCUAGAGUUCAAUCACAUUUAUUCAUUGGUUUUAUUACCAGCUGUUAUAUAAGUUUAUAGUAUAUA